CUCUGUGUUGGCUUUGUGCGAAAACGACGCGAAAGAUGUUUGGGUGGACAAGUCAGCCCAGGUAACCUUGUAUCUGCGUCCUCAAACAUUCAAACACACUUACGGGAGUGUGCGUAAACCGGCGGACGCAGCAAGAACAUAUGAACAAGUGCAUUUGACAAGCCAAGAGGCAGGGAGCCAUGCAGAGUCCUGUCCAGGCAAACAGUGGGCCAAACCCUGUGACCACAGCACACACAGAGCAACCAGUGGACACCGGGACUGCGGAUCAGCCAGCACACAGUGAACCAGAUGCACAAGAGAAGGAGACUGAAUCUGCGGCUCCUGUUGAGCCUGAAAAAGUAAUCACACAACAGGAAAAGCAGACAGGGAUGCAAACAGCAGAAACACCUGCAACUGUGGCAGUCACACACGAAGUGGAGAAAGAGAGCGCUGUUCAGCCACUGAGUGAGCCCUCGGAAAACUCUGGGGGGAUGGAGAUAGACUCUGCUUCAAAGACAAGUGCCCCCACAGAAUCUGAUACAAAUACGAAUCCUCGGUGUGAUGGAGAAAAGGCAAAAAAACAGGAUAAGGGUCUGCGUGAUGGUAGGAAAUAUGUUCCUUCCAAGAAGGCCAUGAUAGAUCCUCUGAAAAUGGACAUGUCCAAACCACUGGUUAUGCCUCUUACAUCAUCUCAGCUCUCCCUGCAGUGCAUCGAGUGCCACAUAAUCUUCAGUGAUCACAAGAGCAAAGAGCGUCAUCUGAAGUCGAGCCACCCAGCAGAGUAUGAACAGUGCAUACUGAGGAAUGCCCUUUUCGCCUGUUAUGUUUGUGACCGCCAGUUCACAAACUCGACAGAGCUCAUGGCCCACCAGAAAGCCCACAUAGAGAAGAAACCCUUCAAGUGUCCGAUCUGUGGAAUGGCCUUCAACAAGUCAUCAGAGCUCACCGUUCAUAAAAAAAUUCAUUUUGGCCAGGACGGUUAUGCCUGCACUGACUGUGGCAAACCUUGCAAAACGUUGACAUUGCUCAAGUAUCACCGCCGCACACACACUGGAGAGAGGCCGUAUCUUUGCAAGGAAUGUGGAAAAAGGUUCACCACGUCCAAAGCUCUGCAGAAACAUAUUCUGUCACACUUGCCAGAGGGAGCUGCAGAGGAUGAGGGAGACACCACAGCUAAAGUACAAAUGAAGAAAAAUGAUGGUGGUUCUUCAGUAAAGUAUUCUUGUUCCAUAUGUAAGGCCACUUUCAAGAGUACCAAGACACGGCUACAUCAUAUGAAAACUAAGCACCAUUUGUUGCCUGCUACAGCCAGUGAUGCCCACCAAGCUGGGCAGCAAGUGAAACAAAGUACACCCAUCAUAACUCCAAUAUCUAUUUCCCAACCAGCACUACUACAGGUGGAGCCCAAUGGACCUCUGCAAAAAGUGGAUGCCAAUAUUGAUACUGAGCAGAUUCGAAGACUUAUUGAAUCUUUAGGAAAUGUGCAGAAAGUGAACCAAGUUGUCAUAUUGGGACAGGUGCCACCUCAUGCCCCACCACUGGAAGUGCAGCAGAUAUCACAGCUUGCAGAACCAGUGAAUUUGAAUCUCAGUCCACCGCAGAUUGAUUUUAUAGGACUGAAACAGUCAGAAUCUAAGUCAGUUGAAUUGAACACUUCAAAACACCGAUGUGAUUUAAUGGAGCAAACAAUUAUACUGGAACCCAUUACGCCAGAUGGACAGUUGGAAAACCCCUCUUUCUCAGAACUAGGUUCCCACAUAGCUGGAGGUGAAAAUAUAGAGCUAACACUUAUUCAGACUGAACAAACAGAGAGACCUGAGGGAGAGGUGAUGCAUCAGAUCCUUCAACAGCCCGAGAUUACUGCUAUUCAAUCUGACCCUGUGGAUCAAAUAUUUUGUCAGAAUGAGGUAGCUGACCUCAAACAAAACCUUGAGGAGACAGUCAUAUUAGAACUUACCCCUGCUUUGAUACCAACUUUGGAGCUGGAACAAUCCCAAACUGUGCCAGAAAUUGAAAUCCCGUCCUCCUCUAUGGUACCAACAACUGAACUGGAGAAGACUCCUGAUCGAACUCCAGAUCAGACUCUAAUAGAUGAACAGGAGACCAGCAUGUCAGUCCCACCACUUAUGCCUACAGUUGAGUUGGAGCUGACACCUUUACAGACAGAGCCACAGGACUUUCCUUCUUGCCCUUUUGUUCCACGAGACACAUUUACACAAACUCCAAGUGAAUCUGAAAUGAAUCACAAAGAAGAGAUUGUUUCACAGAUGCAAACAGUAAGUCUAGAUCAAGUCCACAAUGUGACGGAUGGAGCUGUACUAGAAGAGACACAAGAAAAGACUGAACAAGAGUCAUCUGAUCAAGAACCACUUGAAAAAUCGGUAGUAGAUCGCAAGGAGAGUCAGAAGCAGGUGGAGAACCUGUCUGAAGUAGAGGACAUAUCCGUUACAGAAAAGGUUCAAUCUCAAUUAAAGACCCAGCAGGUGACACAGUUCUCAGAGUUACCUGUAAAUGUAAUUUCAGCUCAAGAACUAGUGAAGGUGCGGAAAAGAAAGCCAGCCAGGGCGUUUAUCUUUCAAGGAUAUAUGCAAGAACUGGUCGGAUCCAUACAUAAGGAUGUCUUACAAAUUGAUGCCAAACCUGCCAAACGCCAAAGAACAAAAAAGUCUCAUCUUGUUGUUAAAUUUGGUCCACAAAGCAAAGAGAAGAAAAACAAGAAACAGAGGAAGCCAUCACAGCAGCAUCAGCCAAUGCAGGAAGAAGAGAUAAGAGAAAAUAUCUCAGAGAAAAAAGCAGCAUCACAGAAGAAGGGAAGAAAGGGAAAAAAAGACAGGAAAGUGGAGCAUAUGGUAUCUACAGCUGAAAUAAAAUCAUCUUCAACAACCCAAGACCCACAGGAUCAACAAAUCAAAGAGGAUACAAGAAAAAAUAAAAUGAAAAAGCAAAAAGAAGAAGCCGAGGAGGGUGUGACACACAUAAGUGAACACAAAACUGUAGCUUUACCUGUCUUUAAAAAGAAAAAACAAGCAAAAAUAAUGCGGAAAGAUCAGCCCAAGAAUGCAAAGGAUGGGAAUAGAAAGAAAAAUCUGGCAAAACAGGAAAAAGUCAAUAAAAAAACAAGCAUUGCUUCAGCAGACAUAUCUGGCCCAAACAUAAUGCAAGACUCUCUUCUUCUACUGAAAGGUCAUAAACAGCCCCAACUGAAAGUUUACAAGCUAGACCCAUUAAAGGCAUCAGGCCAGACACAGGAGGCUUCACCACAAGAGUCCCAAACAAUGCCCCAACAGAGUAAAGACAGCAAACACCCGACAAGUGAGUCUACAAAUAAUCUCACAGCAGAAAGUAAGAGAAAAGGAGGAAGACCCAAAAAGAACCAGAAAGCUCUUUCCUUGUUGUCCUCACUACACGUUUCCCGUCAACCAGCUGAGACACUACCCACCAGGCCAAAGACCACCAGGAAACGUAAAGCCUCCUCGAAAGUAGAGACUGAAGGAGUGAUAACUUCUUCUCAUUCCAGACGUGCCUUAGAGUGUAAGGACUGUGGGGAGAGAUUUAGUGAAGUCUCCUCCCUUCAGAAGCACAAAGCAACGGUGCAUAUCGUAGAGAGUCCCGGUCUCACUUACACCAAUGGGAACAUCUUUGAAGGGGUCUCCACGUUGGAUCUUUACCAGCUUCCAAAACCGCAUGAUAAGGUUGUUAGGGUGAUGAAUGCUGUUGCAGACUGGGACACUGAGCCUGAAAUGGGAGAGAUGGCAUUAGAAGAAAGAGAGCGAACGGUCUCUUUUCCAGCUUUGAUUCCAUCCCCAUCUUUACCUAUUCCUCCAGAUGUUGAAGUGAGUGCCUAUGAAGAUAAGCAUGGAAGUAAGACAGGAGCAGAUGAUCAGUCUCAUACCUCUCCAGAAUUUCACUCAUCAUCUGAUCAACUGAAAAAAGGUGAGAUCUUUCCAAAUUUCACAUCUGAAUCCGCUUUAACUACCUUUACUCAGACAAAGAGUUUGGUGACAGGAGAGCCUUCAGUUUCAGACAAAGCCAAGCUGCAAAAAGGUACCCCAAAGCAUCCAAGCUCAGAAUCUGAAGUCCAGGCCACCACAGAUGAAGACAUCAAGGAAGAUUUACUUCUUGAUGUAGAUUUAGUUACUGUUGGGGAGCAGAAUGAAAGAGAUGAUAAAACUUCUCCUCAAGAAAGUGUUCCACAAAAUGAAUCAAAGGGAACUCAUAAUUCUGAGGGUGAAAGCACUGAAACACUUGUAGCACCUGUGCAAGUUGAUGAAACAACUGAAAAAAGUCUAACUUCACAGACUGUGUCUUGCUCGACGCAUCAAGUAGAGAUCAAGGAAGAAGAGGAAGAAAUGGUAGUCCAGAGAAGAAAAGGAGGAGGGAAAGGAGCUGUAAUGAGGGAUGCUACAAGGGGUAGGAGACGAGGAACAGGGCGUUUAAAAAGGGGCAUGAUAUCUAAGACAGUUUUAAGUGGAGAUGCUGUCAGAGGAACAGAAUCAGAGAGAGAACAAGAUGAAUGUCAGGUAGUUUAUGAAAAACAUCCUGUCACCUCUGAUUCAGACAUUCAUCAUGAAGCUAAGACUGGCACAAAGACUUCACAGCCAGAGAACAAUCCUGAAUUUCAGGCCAACAAAGCUACUGCUCCUGCUGCAUGUUUGCCUUCUGUACCCUCUACAUUAGAGGAAUCUUCUGAAGAGCAAGUUGUGUUUGAGCUGGAGUCGGUUACCACUAGUGUUGAGGUUGUAAUGAAUGAAGGAGGGCUGCAGGGGGGAGAGGAACACAACAGGGAGAUUGACCAGUCUCCAGGCAUCAUACUGGAGAAGUUCCUCACCUGUAGACAGAGAGAGACUGCUGACAAAGAGCCGCACCUGAUGAUCGCGAGGAGCAAUCAAAGACAGGGUUUGGAAAGCACUGCAGAGAAUAUAGUACAAGUCCCAGAAGGCCAGGAGAUCAAGGUCGAAGAGAAUAUCUCAGAUCCACCACUGGCUGUAACCACCUGUCAAAAUAGACAGAGUGCAAGUAUGCAGCCACAGCACCACCGUGAUAUAAGGACUGUUCUGGUGAAAGAGGAGAGCAGCCUCAUGCUGAAUGAGGCUCAGGCCUCAUUGGGCAGCAGACACAUCAGAUGGAAUUUAGAGCCAGUGAACAAUGAAAACACUGCCACUCCAUUAAUGGAAAGUGGGGAGACAACACAUGACUGUCUCGUCGCCCCGGAGUUCAACACCAACCAGUGUAUCUUCUACCCAGUGAAGGAGGAGGAGAGGGAGGUUCUACUGGGAGCCACUCAGACCAGCAGAGGGAGUUUAACCCCAAAGGGAUCCGGUACUGCCCAUCAGACAGAGCAUCAAACUGCAGAUAGUACUUUACAUGAAGGGGGCUAUGCCACACAAGACUAUCAGGAAAUCGGAGUGAGAGGUCUAUUGUCAGAACCAGGGGUCAGUGACUUCGCAGAUGGACAAGCUGAGGCAGAAUCUGAGUGGUCUCAUCCUCCAGACCUCCGGGACUUUCUCCUUCGUAGUUCUGAUGAAGAGGACAUGGGUGGUUUUGAGCUGUCUAAUCCUCACCUAGACUCAGAAUCAGAAGUACUGGCCUGUUUCUACAAAAACCAACCCAACGGCACACUACAGCCAGAUCAAACAUCACAAAAUUUGCUAACUUCAAGGAGCAAGCUCCAAACAUCAAGAGAUGAAAAUGGGACCAGAGAGCCCAUUGAUUACUUCUCCAAGUAUUUUGGUUGGGAUACCUGGGUUGAAAUUGCCACUUGCACAAAUAAACUAUCCAGUAUGUCUAACCCCACUACCGCCAGAGAGGUCGCACAGUUUGUUGGGAUCCACAUUGCAAUGGGAACUUUGAAGUUUCCCAGUCCAAGGCUCUACUGGGAGGACUUGACUAAGGUACCCUUAAUUGCUGAAGCCAUGCCACUUUCACGUUUCCUUGAGCUAUCUUGCAUGUUGAAGCUAGCUUCUCCAUCAAAAGAUCCAGUCAACAGUAGUGUUCGGGAAGGAAGGCAUGGUGGUGACUUUCGAAAUGGACAGCAAGGUGAAACUCUGCCAAGCAGACAAUGUGUAAUUUCUCAGCAUAGUGACGGGCAAUGCCAUGGUGACCAACAAAAUUAUUUGAAUAGUUCAAAAAUGCAAACUGAUCCCCUGUGGAAGGUUGAGCCAUUACUGUGCCAUUUCAAAGCAGGGUGCCAGUCACUGACAAGAGAGGGUGAUUAUGCAAUUGACCAAUAUCCACUUUCUUUGACUGGAAAGAUGCACAAUAGCAAACUGUCUCUUCACUGUACUACAUUGAUUGGAUUUGGCGGUUUACUCUUACAUGUGGAUCUUAAAUUGGAUCUCUCAGAUAAAGAAGGUGCUGUGGAAAAAAUGGUCCCAAAAGGUAGUAUGGUGUUUCUUUGCAAACAGGAGCUCUCCACCCCUGCAAUGCUAGAACGCCUACUAGUUGCUGGGGUUCAUGGUGCAGGCAGGGUGGGAGGAGCACGAGGACAGAUCGGGGAUGAGUUUGUGAGCUCAGAUGGGAAGCUGAUGUUACGCAGAUCACAUUGUGGCUUCAUACUUUCUACUGCGGGAAAUGGCCAAAGGAACAUGUUUUCUCUCAUUGACAACUUUGAGAAGGCCCAGAUGUCGGCUCGUCUCAACAGAGAUUUGCGAAAUCUUUACCCUAUUCCCGUCACUGCCGCAGCCUCAACCUGCUGGCCUCAAGCGGUGCUCUGGUACCUAACAGAUCUGGCUUUGGUCAACUCCUGGCUCCUGUACCGACAGGAUCACUGGGCAGCGUCAGCGCCUUUGACUUUCAUGGCCUUUAGACUGGAAGUGUCCAAAGCUUUGAUCUUCUCCAGUGGCACUGAUACCCAGGACUCAGUUCCCCCUCAACCCCCCACAGAGAAGGCACAUACAACAAAUGAAACCCCCAAUCCUAGCCUGGUUGAGGAAAGUCCUCUGCCAGAUGCAGCCACGCGGUACGAUGGUUCAGGCCACUGGCCAGAGCAGCUUGGGGAGGGAGAAGGGGGCAGGUGUCGUUUUGGGGACUGUCAGAGAACAUCUCGAGUGCUAUGCCUUAAGUGCUGUGUCUUUCUUUGUAUCUCACGCAACCACAACUGUUUUUUAAAUUUCCAUAAUCAAGGGAGUUUGGGAAAAGAAUAGUCUUUACCUUUUAUUUUUAACAUCUUACUUUCUGAUCUAGAAUGUAACUGUGCUUUUUGUGUAUGUAAACCCAGCUAAUCAAAAACAAUGUUAAUAUCUCCUCUGUCCUUACAACUUUUCCAUGAUGCCGUUCACUGGCAGUGUCAUUCUUUUUAGGAUUAUUGUGCUGUAUUUUUAAAAAAAAAAAAUGCUUUGUGAUGUGGCUUCUUAUGUCAUUGAGCAAGUGUAAAAAUUAAUUUGCCUUCAGAAGGAAAUGUAAAAAAAAAUAGCCAUACACUUUUUUCUGCAAAAGAAGACAUUGAAAUUGCAGUUACAGUGAUAUUUUUUAAUAUUUAUUCUAACCUGACCUAAUUUACAUUCCAUG